AUGCCACCUGGUCGCCGCGGUCGUCCCGCCGGCUCUACCUCUACCCCAAAGACCCAACCCCAGCAACGACUCACUUUUGGCCCCAAUGCUACAAACAAGAUCACAAAACCUUCACCACUGGGGAGGGGAGAAAAGAAGCUGUCGCCAAGUGCGAAGACAGCGAUAGAGAAAGAAAUUACUGCUCCCGAGACGCCGAGGGAGGAAACAUCAGCAGAGGAAGUAGAGGAAGAGGACGACAAAGCGAAAGCACUGCCAAUCCGGCAACAGGAGAGGAAAGCCGAGCAGAGUAGUAGUAGCGCCAAGAAGAGUAGUGUCAAGAAAACUGAAAGAGAUGUGAAAGAAGUGGAAGCGCUCAAGGUCUCUGAGGCGCAGAUCAAGAAGUACUGGAUCCUCAAAGAGCAGGCGAGGAUAGCGCCGAGGGUGCAUCAGCAGGGGUUAAGUGUGUAUGAGAAAGUUUUGAGGGAGUUCGAUUUGACUAGAACGAAACGGUGGAAGCGCGCCGACGGGCUUGGGUUGAAACCGCCACUGGAAGUGCUGGCAGUGUUGUUGAAAGAGGAGGAGAAGGACAAGGGGCGGAGAAAUGCGGAGGUAGAGAGAGCGUAUGUGGAUUCACUUAUGGGCGGGAGAUUGACCGAAAUCGAGGCUUGA